UUCACGGCCACGAUGGGCGAUGAUUCUUUGAUAUUACGAGAAGAUGGUUAUAUACGUAUGAUAUUUCCUGUUACUUCAUUGACGUAUCACAGUAAUUUAAAUAUAAUAUUAGUUACGACUGAUGAAGGCCGUGUACACGUUUUGGAUGUUAACUCUGGUGUGAUUCUUCAAUCCUCUUGUCUAUCAGCGGACGAUGGGGGAAUUUUGGGCGUGGAGUACGCGACGGGAGCCGACAGAGUUUUCAUCUGGGACAGCAGCGGAAUCGGCGCUAGAACCGACUACAAUGGUGUGCUACUCCUGCACACGGCCUUACAACGGCCCUUAUUAUCCUCACAACCGGAUAGUCAUGUCAAAAUAGAACUUGUCUUGUCUGAGGCGGUUCUACUUUACCAGUGUGUUCAAAACUUGGAUGCACAUUCAAUCGAAGGAUUAACAGAUUUUAUAAAUGAACUCAAAAAUGCACUAGAUUCAAAACCAGCCAGAAAAGGCGUUAAAGCUCAAAAAUGGAGCACAGUGACACUAUCUCUCCCACAAUCAACAUUACGCCUUGUUAUGACUGGUGUUGUCCAAGAGCUAAAGGGACAGAAUAGGCGGGUACCAGCACUUGCCAUAGCCUCUGCUGUAGGACAAAGAGCUAAUGAGCUCAUGCCCUGCACUAGAGAUGAGGAAUCUAGGGCCCUGAUGUACUCGGAAGCAGAAAGGAAGGAGACAUUUAAAAGGUGGCCGCAUAUGGACUACAAAUGGGCUCUGCCAGCACGGAUGGCACAGGCGGGCUUCUACCACCAGCCCUCGCCCAGCGGCGACGACCGCGCCAUGUGCUUCACGUGCAUGGUGUGCCUCGUUUGCUGGGAGAAGUCAGACGAGCCGUGGGUGGAGCACGAGCGGCACUCGCCCAACUGUCCCUUUGUGCGCGGAGAGUACACGCACAACGUGCCCAUAUCGGUUACAAAUGCUACAGCCUGUGCAGUUUCGUGUCCUAACGUUCGAAUAGUAUCAAAAGGUAAUACAGGAGACUUAAUAGCGACGGGAACAGUAGAAGGCAAAGUGAACAUUUGGAAAUUCGACUGUGGACUUAAACUUCUUAAGUUCAUUCACCUCUCGCCAUACGACUCCAUCUUUAGCGGCAUCUUAACUACAGAUUGCAAUAAAGUAUGGUCAGCAAGCUUAGAAAAAGACAGUUCCAACUAUGGAAUUGAACUGACAGCAAUGUCGUUUGUUGGGAUGACAUCACAGCAAGAAGUUUACCCACAGACACAAAAUUCAGAAAGUACAGAGAAAGAGACAACAGUGAAUAAGGCUAAGCCCUCUCUGAUUUGUGCAGUUACAAUAACGCGAACAAACACAACGCCCACAGAUCAACCUAUCAAAGACGACUCUAGUAGUAAGGCACUUUUCGAUUCCGGAGCGCCAGAUAGGGCCAAAGAAACUAUUCAAGCGAUGAAUGAUGAGAACGAAGCUAAAAGUAAUCUUGCUUCUACAAACAAAAUGUUAUUUUUGUUAACAUAUGACAUUCACAGCUCCCUCGCGGGCUCCGUGACAACAGUAGUGCAUACAUCAAACAGCAGCGGAAAUUCCAAGCCAGGAGGAAGUAAAAAAGUUUGUGUAUUAACACGAUCAGACUAUGAUGAUCUUUGCCUGCAGUAUUCCGAUGAGGACACGGAGCUUCCAUCCCAAUUCACAAACAGCUUAAAAUGUAUCGAUGAACAAAUAAGUAAUAUAAUUAAUUUAAAUGCCUCAUCUAGUAAAGAAGAUUGUAAGGUAUGGGAACCUAAGAAAAUUGUUUUUACUAAACAUUACAAACAUUUAAUACCCCCUCCCCCGCCUACAGCUCUGUUGCCAGAAAUACCAGAAUCAGGGCAUGGAAGUGUUGUAGAUUUUGUUGGUAAAAUGUCACAGCUUAAGAGUUGGAAGAGCUUAUGGGUGCCAAAGGAAUCGGUGGGUACCAAACUGGUUGACCAGACAGAUGCUGUCCAUGGAGAUCCUAUCACUCAUUAUCUUAAUAUGGCUGGUCAUGGUCCUUUAGAAAUUUCAGAUUUAAAAUGGUAUGAAGGUGCUGAAGGGACAAAAGAGGCAGUCAAGGUGAUGACAUUAGAAAAGAACAAGUUUGUUCCUCAAACUACAGUAAACAAUGGUAACAAUGAUGGAUUUGAUAGUGACCCUCCUCAAGAAGACACAGUGACUCAGGGAGUUGCUGUUCAGUGCUUAAGUCUUCCAUCUAAAUUAAAUCAGAGGGAAGAUUACAGGGUAACCCAUCUUUUACCAACAGAGGAUAAGGAACAUUUAUUAGUUAUUGUAUCAAGCAUCGAUCCCCAAAAAGUCAAAAACGAAGGAGAAACAGAUGGUGAUGGUGACACAAAAAUGGAUGUUGACGAGGUUUCCAACCAACAAGAUAAGACUGACAAAUUGGACACAAAAGCAUAUUUUAUUCUUUACAAAAUUAAUAAUAAAACAUCCACUUUUACAUUAGAGGAUGAUCCUGUAUCAUUUAAAGAACUACCUUUUAAUGAGAGUCCUGUAGAUCUAUGUCUUCUUCCGGCCGAUAAACAUGACCAGUACUCCAUAGCAGUUGUCGGCCUCGAUGGUGAUUUAAGACUGUAUACAUUGCCUGACUUUAAGAUUCUUACUGAGAAAAAAGUGCCCAAAGGUAGAUUUACUUCUGUUGUAUACUGUGCUUCCGUCGAACGCCUCAGUUUAUCGACAAAACAUGGCGUAAUCUAUUUCUAUGCACUCAAUAAUAGCGAAAAAGAUUCAGGAAGUGAUGGAAAUGAAGACGAGUUAGCAAAUUUAGACUUCGACAUGCUGUCGAAAGCGCCGAAGGAUGAGGUUUGUGGACCUGCGUCGCCGCCAGUCAUCAUAGCUAAUAAACCGGAACUAGACAUGAGCGAUUUGGAAACACUUAUGUCGCUCACGGGGUACUAUGGAAUGAAUACUACGGUUCCAUACAGUGCUGUCGUGCCGGGCUUUUGGUGUGAGCUAUCGCCCGCUCAGAGAUCGCGCUCCGACCAUCAGAACAACAGGUCAUGGCGUCUGCAAAACACGUCUUCGACCUGGGACGAACAUGUCCUAGAAUUGACUCUGCCUUACAGUGUGUCGUUAGCGCAUGUCGAAUUCAGUUUCACUCUACACUCAGCCAGCUCCAUUAAUUUGCCAAUAAUACAAGUGACAUUGCUUAAACAAAACUUGCACGGAAUAGGUUAUAAAAAAGACGCCUCAUUCGGCCAAAGACCUGAUUCUCCUGUUUGGUUUCCAUCUGUAGAUUCGGAUAUGUCUAAUCUCGAGAAUCCCAUCAACAGUGAAGAAUAUUUGCAGGCACAUAAUGCUGAAAUUCUUGCAGGACCACUAUUUUUGUCUUCCGGACUUGAUACGACGCAACAAUCCGGUACAUUGAUAUUGACGAGUCCUCGUCUCUAUCGGGCGAGAGGAAGAACAUUCCUUAUCCACAUAAAAACUCUAUUUGAUCCUGCUAAAGAUAUGGCCAAAGGUCCCAUAAAAACAGGCGAAAAUACAUCGAAAAAAUCUAGUUUUAUCGGUUGCGAUUGGCUGCAUCAAAUAUCUAUUACGGUUCGCUCAUGCCCUCACACUGACGUACCGCUAGAAAGACAGCAGAGAAUAGCUAUGCUGGAGUCAAACAGUUUCUUGAAUAAUCUUUGUGAAAUAGCUGUAACCAAGGGAGAUAUGGAAAAACGUAAACUUGCACUAGAUCUCAUUAAUUGGGUGAUAUCCAUUCGACUACAACGUAUGCGAUUUGCAAAAUCUGAGAAAGGUAAAGACAAGGAAACUCAAACUCCAGUGGAGACCCAACAGCUAGAAUGUAUAGCUGUUAUUGAAAAACACACGGACAAUUUAAUCAAACACUGCCUAUUGUGCGCAAACAGAAGCGUAGCAAAGAAGUGCGUGAAGAUAAUGCUGAUCACAAGCGAAGGAGUGAAGGAGCUGCCGAAGCCGUGGAAGACGAUCUUCGAACAGACGCUGAUGAGCAGCGUGAUCGCGUGCGUGCCGCUGGUGGGCGCGUGCUCGUCGCCCGGCGCGCUGCGCUGGCUCGUGGCGCUGGCGCAGCACUGCACCUCGCGCGCCUUCGCGCCCGGCCUCGUGGCGCGCGCGCUGGCGCUGCUCGAGCGCGCCGCGCGCUGCGCCGCCGCGCGCGCCGACCCCUACCACCGCCUGCUGCGCGCCAGGUUCGGCUUAUACGGUUUGCCGCUGGAGCUGAGUCGCUUCGGCGCAGAAGUGCCGGAGCUGUGGCGGGGCGGGACGGCCGGCGGCGCGCCGCACGCGUCUCCGUGGAGCGCGCCCGCUGCGCAGGCGCCCGCACCGCCGCCCCCUCCGCCCCCUCCGCCGCCGCACCACGGCUACCAGCUCAAGGACCUGCUCAACUUGCCGCCCGAUACCGGCAGCAAGAACGGCCCAUGGAGCGGCGCAGACGGCGCGGGCUGCGUGCAGGCGGUGGGCGCGGGGCUGGGCGAGGCCACGCCGCUGCACGUGUCGUGCCACCUCGCCUCCGACGGCACCAAGCUGGAGACGGCCGCCGCGCGCCCGCCGCCCGCCGUCGUGGGCGCGCACUGCGCCGACCCGCACCAGCUUUGGACAGUCGUCAAGGAGGGACAAAUUAAACAAUCUUCUCAGGAUCCAGACUCGUUAGACGACGUUGAGAGUUCACUAAUGGAAUGUGAUCCGCAGGACAAACAAGAGUACUCUGACGAGAAGUUGUUCAAGCAGGAGAGCGCAGGCGCACAGUGCGGCGUGCCGUGGGCCACGCUGGUGACGCGCGCGCCGCAGCACACGCUGGUGGUGGAGCGCAUGCACUCGGGCGCGCGCCGCUACAUCGUCUUCGACUUCGGGCACCUCGUGCGCCUCACCGACCUGAUAAUUCCAUCUUGUUCGGACCUGGUGACUCUGUGCAUCGACAUCUGGACGGUGGGUGAGGAGACGGACUGCGUGAAGUUAGCCUUCGCCACCGAUAUCGCCACCAAGCACCUCGUACUCACCGACAUACAGCCGCCGCCGCUCUGUCGAUACAUGAAGAUAACAACAAUAGGACGAUAUGGUAUGACAGCCAUGAAGUGCAAGAUACCGUUGGGCUGGUUUUAUGGAGAGAUAGCGGAACUAGCCAAUGUCCAAGCUUCCAUCAACGCACUUAAGGCUUUGUAUGAAGAUUUGUCUUGUCGAUUUAGAUUAGCUACUGGUAAACUGAUCGACUUGUUAAAUCCAUAUUUGGACCUUUACAAUGGAAACGCAGCUCACAUGAUGGCAUACCUGAACCAACCCAAUGAGUCAGACCCUAAAGUGAUAGCUGCUUACCAAGAGUGCAUGGAACUCCAACUUCAGCUACAUAACUGCACUAACAUAUUGAAACGACUACAGAACGCUCCCGAUUUUAACGAUAAAGUGAUGGAGCUCAUUGAAAAAGGUGUUGAGACAUCCGAAUCUCUUCUAGAGAGGGCUUCGACUGACAAACUCCGCGUGAUCACGGAGAAUAUUAUCGACUUGCUGUUAUACUUCCUCUUCCAAAUGAAUGAUGUACAAUACGGGUCGGUGAGCGCGGCGUGGUGCCGCGCGGUGGCGCCGCUGGCGUGGGAGAGCGGCGGCGCGGGCGCGGCGGGCUGCGCGGCGCUGCUGGCGCGCGCGUGCGGCGCGGCGCGCUGGUGGGGCGCGCUGCUGGCCGACGCGCUGGCCGCCGCCUUCGCGCACCGGGACGCGCCGCCGCACCCGCUCGACCGAUGCCUGGUGGCGGUGAUGUACAUGGCGCGCAAGAGCAUGUACGCGCACGGCGGCGGCGGCGGCGUGACGCAGGCGCUGUGCGCGCGCGCGCUGGAGCUGCUGCGCGCGCCGCGCCCGCAGCCCGCGCUGCUGGCCGCGCUGCUCACCGCCGUGGCGGCCGUGCUGGACGCCGCCGUGGCCGCCGCCACGCCGCCGCCGGCGCUGCGGAACAACCGAUGGGACUGGGUGGCCGGCGGUCGCGCGCGCCCCACCCCGCCGGAGAGCACGCCGUCGCCGCGCACGGUGGAGGGCAAGCUGCACCGCCGCAAGCUGCACAAGAAGCUGCUGCACCAGAUGCAGGAGCUGGAGGCCUCGCGCCGCGGGAUACAGGUCGCGCUCGAGGAGCAGCAGCGCGCACGGCUCAGUUUAAAAGCACGCAUGGCGAUGAUGUGCAAGCGGGGAAGUGCGGAGUCGAGUGGGGGCGCCACUGCGGGGACAGUGCCAAUAACCGCCUGCAACAGCCGCGCCGACGAAGGCGCGCGCAUCCUGAGUCCCGCGUUGGGCGCAGCCCUAGCGCACGCGCUCGUCUCUCACAUGCUGGCCAUGGACGCCACGCUACUGCACGACCACCUGCUGCUGUGUGCCAAGGUGGUGGGGCGCCUGUGCGCGCUGUGCGGCGGCGCGGCGCUGCUGGAGCCGGCGAGCAUCCUCGGGCUCGCGCGCCUCGCCGUCACGCUGCCGCCCUGGCCGCGCCACGCCGUCACCACGCUGCUGCAGGACCUCGUGGAGCACGAGUGCGGCGAGCUGCCGACCACGCCCAACGAGGAGUGGGGCGGCGCGGGCUCGUCGCGGGUCAUCCGCGUGGCGCAGGAAGAGCCCAGCUUCGCCAAGAGCCCGCCCAAGCGGCUCAGCACCGUCGCCGGUAACUACGCUUGUUUCUUCGAGGACAUGGAGUGCCAGUUGACCCAGGUGGCUGAAUCCGACGACUCGGAGUCGGAGGACAAACUCGCGCAGUAUUUCUUCGAGGCAGUCAAGAAGGAGACGAGGCCGAAACCCGUCAUCGACGGCAGCAACUGUUUAUCGACGUGCGUGGACGCGCGUCUGGAGAGCGGGGCGGCGGCGGGCGGCGAGGCGUUCGCGCAGCGCGUGCUGGCCGCCACGGCCGCCGCGCUGCCGCUGGCGCUGCGGGCGCCGCCGCUGCGCGUGGCCGAGCCCGGCGCCGAGCCCGAGCCCGCUCCCGAGGCGCCCGCGCCGCACGACGAGCCGCGCCACAACCAGCCGCUCGCGCACACUUUGUACAACGUCUUCAAGCAUCUCGCUCGGGAAUUCGAGGAUCAGAUUGACUGCACGCUGAUGGAGAACGUGAUGUCGCUGUGGCUGACGCUGAACGGAUCGGCGUGGGGCGGCGCGUGGUCGCUGGGCUCGCUCAUCGUGCCGGCCGACGCGCCGCGCGUGCGUCUCGACUCCGACACCGUCACGGCGUUGCUGCGCGCGCUCACGCGAUUAGAAAACAUAUCGUUGAGGUGUUGGGUGCUAUCGAUGCAAGCUUUGGCGUGGGUCGCGAGUUUACCGCUAAUGACGGAGGGUAGCACGCAGACGAUGGGUCGCGUGAUCCUCGACUGUGAGUACUUCGUACCUGCACUCGUGAAGUUCAUCUCUAUCGACGUCACCGCAGACGGGGCCGUCAUCUCUUCUGAACCCUAUCUGGGUGGCGCCAGUAUCGGCGCGGGGGCCGGCGCGGCGGCGGCGCUGCAGUCGGUGCUGUCGCGCGUGGUGAAGGCGCGCGGCGCGGCGGGCGCGCUGGUGGCGCUGCGCGCGCUGGGCGCGCUGUGGCAGCGCCCGGCCGGCGCGCCGCCCGUGGCGCACUCCGCGCUCGACCUGCACGCGGCGCUGCUGCGCGCCGCGCACGCGCUGCUGCCCGCGCUCGCGCCCAAGCACGUGCACCACGCGCUGCCGCUCAUCGAGGCCGUCGCGGAGCAGUGCGGGCGCUGGGUGCGCGAGAGCAGCGGCUGGCGCGCGGAGAGCGGCGGCGGCGGCGGCGCGGCGGGCGGCGAGGCGCGCCUGUCGGGGCUGCUGGCCGACGUGCUGGCCGGCAGCUCGCGCCGCGCGCCGCUGCGCCGCGCGCUGCUGCAGCAGCUGCUGCACUACGCGCGCAAGCUGCUGGCGCUGCCGCUGCCGCCCGCCGCCGCGCCCUCCACCGGCCACGCCCCAGCGACGAGUCCCAGCGGUUCGAUCGGCGACAUGUCCCAAACGGAUGAGAGCAAAGCUCAGAACAAUGCGGCGCAAACGGAAGACACCAAUCUCGAAGACGAAAGAAAGCAGCAGGUGCCUAAGAUGCCCUGCCUCGCUGAUACAGUAUUACAACACCAUGAUAUCAUGCAAAAGUUCUACAGAACGUUAUCAAUGUGCGACGGUAUGAACACGAUCAUUUUGAACUCGGGAAUUAACGGCGAGUCCAGUUCGGAACAGUGGUCUCUGAAGGAAGAAGUGUUCUGGCUGGUAGCUCAACUUCCAACACUUGCCGCUAACCCCACACUUAUUCUACCCAGUCUAUUGGACUUCCUCAGAAAAGAGGAGAUGGUGCGUCUGUCACAGGGCAUGCAGCAAUUAGUGGUGCGUGUGCUGGAUCGGCCCGAGGUGCUGGCCGUCUUUGUAGAUGCAGGUGGCUUGGAGCUGGCGCUGGACAAGCUUUCUGCCUGCCAUCAGGCUGGACCGAGCGGGAACCAAGGAUUGGUGUCUUCCCUCAUGAACCAUCUGAAACUACCGCCUCAACUCAUCAAUCUUUCGACCCCGGCGUCCGGGAACAAAAAGUCACAACCGCCCGUCAUUGAGACUACCGAUGGAUUAAUUAACAUUGCACCUCUUUGCACGGUGUCGUGCGCCAACCCCACGGCGCAGGCGGCGGACGUGCUGCUGGGCGGCGGCGGCGGCGGCGGCGCGUGCGCGGCGCGGCGCGUGCGCGCGGCGGCCUGGUCCUACCACUUCUUCAGCGCCGACGACGCGUCGCUGGCGCUCACGCUCGCGCUGCCCUACGCCGCCACGCUGCACGAGGUGCACCUGCAGCCGCACCUCACCAGCCUCGCCACUUGCCCGGGAGCGGUGGGCGUGGAGGCCGGCUGCGGCGGGACGGUGGCCCCGCUGGGCGCGCCGCAGAGCACGGCCGGCAUGACCUUCAUCCGGCUCGUGCUGGCGCGCCCGCUGAUCGUCACUACCGUCACGUUACGACUCUACAAGCCGCGCGAUAGUUCGAACAUGGGUCUUCUGCAGCUGCGUCUGCUGGCCGCACCCGCCUUCACCUCGCCCACUGAUGCGCACCUCGCUGCGCAGGAUAAUCUAGAGAACCGAUGGGCACGUGUCGUCUGGGCGUGUACUCGUGGUCGGCUGGAAGACUCCCGCUGGGCGGCGCUGGGCAGCUCGGGCGCCGUCAGUGCGCUCUGUGCCUGCGUGCUGGCGGGAGGCGCGCAGGCGCAGCACGCGCACCGCGCGCUGCUGGCCGCCGCGCGCGCCUCGCCAGCCCUGCGCGCGCCGCUUCUUACUGCGCUGCUGCAGAUGGAUGUUCACGCGCACGCGCACGCGUUCCAGCCGGCGAGCCCGGCCGGCGCGGGCGGCAGCCUGGGCGGCGUGUGCGCGCUGGCGGCGGCGCUGUGCCGGCGGUGCGCGCCGGGCAGCGCGCACGCCUACGUGCAGUGGCUGGCCGCCGCCGCCGAGCGCGCGCUGCGGGACGGCUGCCCGCCCUCGGCCGCGCUCGUGCACACCCUCGCCACGGUCUUGUGGACGCUAAAAGAAGAAAGACUGCUAGAUAAUCUAGAAGAAUUGAUAACUGACGACUUAUUUGAACUGGUGUACACCUGGGUUAAGGAUGUGCCAGAAAUGAACCUACUUAAGAAAUCAUUAGAUGCCGUAUUAUGCUCAAUGUGUUACAUAAGACCUGAAUUGUUCCGGCUUCUUUUGAAACAAAUGGAAAUUCCAAUGGAUUCAGAUGAGAGUAUGGAGAGCCAGACGGACGACACGAAGGUGCGGCGGCCGAAGGCGAGCGCGGGCGCGGGCGCGGGCCGCGUGCGGCUGCGCGGCUGGCAGCUGCGCACCGUGGCCGCCGCCGCCAUGUCGCCCGCCGCCACCUGCGCGCUGCUCGCCUGCCCGCUGCCCGCGGCGCUCGUGCGCGCCGUCGCCGAAUUUAGUGAAGCUAAGUUAGAAGCGAUAUUGGCUCAAAAUGGCUCUGAAGAAGAUGUUGAUAUGGUGGAUCCGAACAGUAAGGAAGAGAGUCGAUUAAGAGAGCUGCCGUCGCUGCAGAGCAUCUGCGAGGUGGUGGAGUGGGCGCGGCUGGUGUGCGCGGAGCGGCGCGUCAAGGAGUGGCUGGGCGCGGCCGGCGCCGUCUUCUGGCGCCCGCUGCUGCGCCUGCUGUGCCACCCGCGCGCGCCCGCACGAACUUGGCAAGAGAAUGCACAGUAUGCCACGCUGGAAGAGAACACAAUAAGAUUAUUCUCGGAGCUGACUGUGUGCCACACUGCCAACCAGAAGCUAUUCGCUUCUACACUGCACAGUAUUUUAGAAUCAAUGCACUACACUGGUCCAGAGGGUCUAUCGGGAUUCACGCGCGCACUGAUCCUGCGGCUGGUGCUGUCGGGCGAGCGCGCCACGGUGGCGCUGCGCUGGGCGGGCGGCGCCCCGCCCCCGCCCGGCGCGCCGCCCCACCCCGGCGCCGCGCCGCACGCCACGCUGACGCUGCCGCUGCACACCACCGUGCGCGCGCUGCUGCUGGACCACCGCCCGCCCGUGCCCCUACUCGAGGAAGUUCAGCGGAUGGCCAGCAGCGGUGCAGGCGCAGGCGGCGCGGGCGCGGGCGCGGUGCUCCGCAGCGCCUCCGACACCGCCAUCCUCACGGUGGCGGAGGCGUGGGAGCUGUCGCUCGCCGCCGCCAGCGCGUCCAAGGACAAGCGCGUCAAGGACGUCAAGAAUAUCACGUUGAAGCAACAGAAUAGCAAGAAGAAGCAGACGAAGACUGCCGCCGAGAGCGGGGCUAUGUCAGCUAGCAGCAAUUUAAUGGAGUCUACGGUCCGCGUGCAAGUGGACGGGCUGGAGGGCUACAUUCCUACCAACACGACGCUGGCGCAGCUCACAGCCGCGGUGCCGCACGUCUUCGGACCGCAUCUCACGCUCAACCUACACAUCGCUCCUAAUGGAGAGCCGUGCGGGGGCCCGAUGUGGGAGGGCGCGGGCGCGGGCGGGUCGGAGGGCGGCUGCGCGGGCGGCGUGGUGCUGCGCGAGUUCGGGCAGAGCGGCGGCCUGGCGCUGGUGGCGGCGCGCCUGCCGCGCCCGCACGUGGCGCCCGCGCCGCCGCCCGCGCCCGCGCAGCCGCACGACCUCGACUGGGUCAAGCUCGACGACCCCUACGAGGAAAUGGUUGAACUGGGUGUAACGUCAGCCGGAAACGCGACAAGCAGUAAUUCGACGGAGGAGAGCAGCGGCGCGGCCGGCGUGCCCGCGCACGCGCUGGUAGCGCUCGCGUUGCUGCUGAAGUUGCCGGGCUACGCCGCCGCGCUGCUGGACCAGGGCGCGCCCGCCGUGCACCUGCUGCGCCUGCUGCUGGGCGUGGCGCACGAUGAGGACGGCCGCAACAUCGUGGUGAGCGGCGGCGGCGCGUCGCUGGGCACGCUGCCGUUCCGCGUGGUGGCGCAGCUGCUGGAGGCGGCGCCGCGCGGCUCGCCCGCCGGCCGCGCGCUGCGCCUGCAGCUGCUGCAGCUGGGCGCCGUGCGCCUCGUGCUGGCCUGCCUCGCCGUCUUCACGCACCACCGCCCCGCCGCGCAGCAGAACAGUCAGAACUCGAACGGUUCGGGCAAGGAGGAGAAGUCGCAGCUGUACUGGGCGAAGGGCACGGGCUUCGGCACGGGCUCCACGCAGCAGUCGUGGAACGUGGAGCAGGCGCUCGUACGCCAGCGCAUCGAGGAGGAGCACGUCACCGUGCUGCUGCAGGUACUAGUGUCGUACAUGAACCCAGGGGAGAAAUGGCCGCCCGAGUACUCCCCAGAAGAGGAUGAGCCUGAAGAAGGCGACGACAACGAGGCACACGACCUGCCGCCCGAGUUCAUAGACCUCGUCGCCAACAGCUCGCUCGUGCCUGCCAUCUGCUCCUACCUGCGGAACGAUUCAGUGCUGGACAUGUCGCGCCACAUCCCGCUGUACGUGUGCGUGCUGCGCGGCGUGCGGGCGCUGCGCGCGCUGCGCUGCCGGCGCCUGGCGCCCGCGCUGCGCGCGCUGCCGCGCCUGCUGGCCAGCAUGAGCCGCACCACCAACUCCUACGCCACCAAGCUCAGGAUGAGUAAAAAGAAUAUAUUCGGUAAGAUGACCUACAGCCAAAGAUUUAAUACGUCGAGCAACUCGGAGCUGUCCGAAGAGGACGAGGGACUCGCGCUGCUCAUUGCCGAUAUACAGAUGACGUCGGCGCUGAUGUGCCGCUCCGAGGGCGAGGCGGAGAGCCUGGGCGCGCGGCCGCUGCGGGGAGCCACUCGUGAGGCGCGCUACAUCGAGCUCAUGCGCACCAUGCAGUUCGAGACGUUCGAGAUGAUGGCCGAGUGCCCCGAGGGUGGGUUCCGCUUCACGGUGCCGUACCACUUCGAGGGCACGGUGCGCGCGGCGGGCGAGCGCGCGCACCCGGCGCGCAUGAAGCGUCUGGCGCAGGAGGCCGCCACGCUGGCCACCAGCCUGCCGCUCUCCUACUCCUCCUCCGUCUUCGUGCGCACCGACACCGACCGCCUCGACGUCAUGAAGGUGUUAAUCACCGGGCCGUCGGACACGCCGUACGCUAACGGCUGUUUCAUCCUCGACGUGUAUUUCCCGGCGGAGUAUCCCGCCGUGCCCAUGCUCAUCAACCUGGAGACCACGGGCCGCCACUCCGUGCGGUUCAACCCCAACCUGUACAACGACGGCAAGGUGUGCCUCUCCGUGCUCAACACGUGGCACGGCCGCCCCGAAGAGAAAUGGAACGCGCACACGUCCAGCUUCCUGCAGGUGCUGGUGUCGAUCCAGUCGCUGAUCCUGGUGCCCGAGCCGUACUUCAACGAGCCGGGCUACGAGCGCAGCCGCGGCACGCGCGUGGGCCACAGCGCCAGCCUGGAGUACAACUCCAACAUCUACCAGGCCUGCGUGCGCUGGGCCAUGCUCGACCACCUCCGCUCGCCCGAGCCCUGCUUCAAGGAGGUAAUCCAGACCCACUUCUGGAUGAAACGCAACGAGAUAAUGCAGACCGUGGCCAACUGGAUCACGGAGCUGGAGGUACAGACGGGCCCCGCUGCCCCCGCGCCGCCCUCGCCGCCGCCCGCCCCCGCGGCCGCCCCCGCGACGCCGGCCCCCGAGUCUGCGCCUGAGCCCGCCCCCGCGCCCGCACAGCCCUCUUCCGACGAGAUCGACCACGAUAUGGAGAAGAUCGUCUCGCAGGUCCUAGACUGAGCCGGCCGGACCCUCCAUAGUUAAACUCUCCCGCGACGCGCAGCGCCCGCCCCGGUGGACACGACGCAUUUAACGUAGGCUUAAGACUGUCCGCCGCGCCGGCGACCGCGGUGCCGUCGGCACGUUGUAUGAUUUGUUCGUAAUGGAAUUUCAGUUUUCUAUAAAUAUUUUUAUCAGACGUAUAAAUAGAAUUUAGUGGGACCUCUGUUUAAUUUAACGUUAUUGUGAUACUAUGACGGGCUCGCGACCCUGUAAGGUGCGCGAUGAGCGAUCGGGUCGGCGGCGCGGCGGACGUCCGGUCGGUCGCUGGGAGUUUCGAAAGCGAACAUAGUUUGGCAGGAAACUUUCCUCGUCACGGACGACGCUUACUGUGAAAGCACCGAUAUACAUAUUAUAUGAGUGUCGAGUCGAUCGCGCUGUUUGCACACAUCUGUGUUACCUCUUGGGCGUGAACCAGCACCGUACCGGACCCCACACCUCAUACCUCACGUCCGAACGUGCGUGGUUUCGCCUAAGUGGCGUUGUCUAACUGUAUGUAUAUUAAAUUAUAAUUUGAUGUAUAUAAAAACUUAUUGCGUUUUAAUUUUUUAUUUAAGAAUAUAUACACAGGCGUGGGCCGUCCGGCCUGCGCGGAUGAGAUACGGAGCCGAGUUUAUAGUACAGGCCUAGCCGAAACGUUUACAUUAUUUUAAUUAAUUUCUUUUAACAAACGAAUACUGACAAUAAACUUUUAUUUUAUUGACGUUGUGCUGUACGCACACAUGUCCGCCGGUGACGCGUUUACGGAAGAAAUUACGUUAUGUGAUUGUAUAUAAGAAUCAUUGGCUCACCACACUGUCUCAAUAUAUUCUUAUUGUCAGGUAAGUUGAGUAGAAAGUUUACUGUUAUAUAUUUGACUGUGAAAUUCGGGAUGUAAAUAAAAAUUUAUGUUAUUGCAA